UUCAGUAAGAUUGCUUUGACACCACUUCCACUCUGUCUCCCCAGAUCAACGCUUCUAGCGAACCCAUUUGCACGGGGGAUUCAGCCCUCUUUCCUGGCGAGGCUUAUGAACCUGUCACCAAGCCAGUGCCUCCGAAAGGAGGAAGUGCGGUGGGACUCGAAGGAUACAUGGCGCCCGCCCCCAGCUAGCUGCUCUUCAGAUGAUCUGCAACCAAGUUGGCUGAUAAAAUAUUUAGUAACGACCCAGUAAACAUGACUGCAAAUACAUUAAAGCACUUCAGCGCGAGGCUUAUGAUUAUUUCAAAACUUAAAAAGGAGAUCAUAGAUUGUCACUGUUUCUGUACCCCAGCCGGAAACCGAACCUUCCCGAGGUGGGUUGAUGGGUGGGUGAGCUGCUUCGCCUCCUCUUCUCCUCUCUCCAGCAUAACGCCGAGGCUUUCGGCGGCGGUUUGUUUAUUUAUUUAUUUUAGUCGUGUAGUUUAAAGGUGGGGGAGGGGGCGUCAAGGACACGCAGUACCUACUCACAAAGCAGGCUCAGGUGUGUGAGCUAUUGUGUAUUAACUGGAAAAGACAGACUCUGGAAGUUUUACAGGGAGAGAAGAGGCCACCGGCUCGCGCUUUGUAUACUUUGCACUUGAAAUCGUUACAUUCAACUGAAUAUUUGGCUCAUUCAGAUCCGAAAAGUCUCCUAGCAUCAUCGAAUUCCCUCCUCCGCCCCUCCUCUCUAAAGAGAGAAGGGGGGUAAAAAUGUUUAGUAAAUUGCACAUCUUUGAAUCUUCCUAAAGCAGUGGUCACAAAGCUUAAAGGUGACAUAACAGAGCUCACGUAAACCAACACACUUUCCCCACCCCCCAAGCCAACAAUAAAAUCAUCCCCUUCAAUUUGCCAUGAUCGUCGCGACCAGGAGCCAGGUGAUUAUCCUAAUUAAUGUCUAUCUAAUUAAAUUACUGUCAGCAGCUAACCAAUGGCAGGAGCCGUUUCAUCGGCUGCAUAAGCAGCAAGAUCAAAAGUGAGCCUUUUCUGAUUGCUGCAUAGUGUCAAUUGGCCAAUCUCUUCUCCCAGGGAAAAAAAAAAAGUAAAUCAAACCUUUGAGAAGCAUUUGCUGGUUGAAGUGCUUUCUGUCUAGUGAGGGGUCUGUGGAUUCCUAGUUUAUGAUAAACAGGACUUUAAAAACCAGGGACGGGAGGGCGAGCGUUCAGGUUCUAGAGCUAUGCAGCUGGAGCACUGCCUCUCUCCUUCUAUCAUGCUCUCCAAGAAAUUUCUCAAUGUGAGCAGCAGCUACCCACAUUCGGGCGGAUCUGAGCUUGUCUUGCACGAUCAUCCCAUUAUCUCGACCACUGACAACCUGGAGAGAAGUUCACCUUUGAAAAAAAUUACCAGGGGGAUGACGAAUCAGUCAGAUACAGACAAUUUUCCUGACUCCAAGGACUCACCAGGGGACGUCCAGAGAAGUAAACUCUCUCCUGUCUUGGACGGGGUCUCUGAGCUUCGUCACAGUUUCGAUGGCUCUGCUGCAGAUCGUUACCUCCUCUCUCAGUCCAGCCAGCCACAGUCUGCGGCCACUGCUCCCAGUGCCAUGUUCCCGUACCCCGGCCAGCACGGACCGGCGCAUCCCGCCUUCUCCAUCGGCAGCCCCAGUCGCUACAUGGCCCACCACCCGGUUAUCACCAACGGAGCUUACAACAGCCUGCUGUCCAACUCCUCGCCGCAGGGCUACCCCACGGCCGGCUACCCCUACCCGCAGCAGUACGGCCACUCCUACCAAGGAGCUCCGUUCUACCAGUUCUCCUCCACACAGCCCGGGUUGGUGCCCGGCAAGGCGCAGGUAUACCUGUGCAACAGGCCACUUUGGCUGAAAUUUCAUCGGCAUCAAACGGAGAUGAUCAUCACUAAACAGGGAAGGCGCAUGUUUCCCUUUUUGAGUUUUAACAUUUCUGGGCUCGAUCCCACCGCUCAUUACAAUAUUUUUGUGGAUGUGAUUUUGGCGGAUCCCAAUCACUGGAGGUUUCAAGGAGGCAAAUGGGUUCCUUGUGGCAAAGCGGACACCAAUGUGCAAGGAAACCGGGUCUAUAUGCAUCCGGAUUCCCCCAACACUGGGGCUCACUGGAUGCGGCAAGAAAUCUCUUUUGGAAAAUUAAAACUAACCAACAACAAGGGAGCAUCAAACAACAACGGACAGAUGGUGGUUUUACAGUCCCUGCACAAGUACCAGCCCCGUCUGCACGUGGUAGAAGUGAACGAGGAUGGCACAGAGGACACCAGCCAGCCUGGCCGCGUCCAGACGUUCACUUUUCCGGAGACUCAGUUCAUCGCUGUCACCGCCUAUCAGAACACCGAUAUUACACAACUAAAAAUAGAUCACAACCCCUUUGCAAAAGGAUUUCGAGAUAAUUAUGACACGUAAGUAAUUUUAUAUGUUCCUUCUCAAGUAGCUGUUGAACUGGCCAGUAGCUUAAGUAAGGGUGGAUUGUUGCAUUUAAGGAGUUAGAGUCAAAUGUGUGAGGAAAUUGAAUGGGAUUUUCCCUUCCUUAUCUUGUUGGUUCACUCUCUGGACCUUGUGGCUUGGUAUUUGUGUGGUUUUGGUUAAAAGUUUUCUCUACUUAUUUUUAGCUUUCUUUCAAUUUCCAAAGUUAUUGCCCCCGCCCCCCGGAGGGGGGGCAUUGGCUGGCUGGCUAAGGAAGCUGCCUUGGUUCCCCCCAGUAUGCUAUAUGUGUGGCUGCAGAUGCUCAACUCAGGUUGUCUGUGUCUGAAACGGGGCAAUUCUGCCUGAAAGUGCAUGUGGCUCUGGCAGUUGUUACAGUCUCCUUGGCAUAUGUGACUUUUAUUUACUCAUUUCCAAGUUUUGUGUGCUAGCAUUUCCUUUGAAGUUUACUAUGGACCGAAUAAAAAUGUACACUCACCAGGAGAGUUUGUGAACAGAACUUAACUAAUAGUCAUUACAGGCUCUGGGCAGCACUGAGAUGUGGUUGCAUCUUCUUUGUAAGCUUCCGAAGAAAAAUGCCUCCUCUUACUUUUUGCAUCUAUGGCUUAAUUAAAUGUGUUGGUUCCCUUUCUUCAGGCCCCUCUUACCUAUCUUGAGCAAGGCUAUCGUCUGGGUACAAACUGAAUUCUUUCUAGAUUUGUUCUGGGACUCUCACUCAGGAACCUGAGAUUUUUCAGAUAAUGUUAUAUAGCAAAAUGUAAAGUGGGAUUGUGUCAUUACCCUACUUUUUUCUGACCAUAAAAGAUAAUGGGAAAUAUGCACUUUAAUUUCCUGACUUUGGGAUAGAGCUAAAGUGGUGACAUCUUUGAUUAGGAUCAGAUUAAAUGUGUGGAGGAAGAAACAGGGAGCUCAUUUGCCCUAGUCUCCAGACACCAUCUCCCCUCUCCAUGUUUUUUUUAAUAACAAGUGGGAAAGUCAUUGAUAUCUACUGGCUGCAACUUUCUUAUG